UUAUUAUGAUUCCCCCUUGUCUUUAGUAAUGUUGAUGCAAUAAUAGAGUUAGUUAUCCAAUAAAUACGAUACACAAUACAGCCUUCGCUAAGAACUAGUUCUGACUAUCAGUUGCACUUUUGGCGAGAAAUUCAAUGAUGAUAGAUUUCACUAUUCAAUAUCAGCCGCCUGAGUUUAGACACCGUUUGUUGGUUUGACUUCUCUCUCACGCUAGGAGGCAACAAGUGGCUGUGCUGUUUCCUAAUAUUUUUUACCUUGAAAAAGUGCGACUCAGUUUCUUUAAGAGGAAUAUUAGGAACAGGCAACAGUAGCGGGCUUGGCAACAAAGUGUGGCAGCAGACCACACGAACGCCAGGCCACAGUCUGCCCUGAGCAGCUGAGCAGUAAGAUGCUCCGCCGAGUUACUGAAGGACUUCCCUCGCCACCACCUAUGGUAGCAGUGGCGGUGGUGGUGAUGAUGGUCCUCCAACCUGCCCACGCCACGACGACUCUCCUGCAGAGAAUGACACAGGAUGAGCUUGUGCUGUCUGUAUUAGCAAACCAGAUAGCCAUACUGAAGGUUAUGAACGAAUCUUCUUCCCACUGUACCUGCGGAGUUGAUGCGCUGCGGGAACAAGAGAUGAAAGCGUUGCGAGCCAUGAAUGACACGGUGAUGACUAAGAUGCGUGGACUUGAAGAGAGGAUAAACAGCACUGUGGAAGCCAUGGCUGGGCAGAUAAGUGUGAUACAGUCCAUGAAUGGGUAUGUGAUGACCAAGAUGGAGGAGAUAGAAAACCUAAUGCAAGAGACCCUCCACAACAAUCAAGAAGUGUCGAUAUGCAUUGGCCACAAAGAGCUGAAUGGGAGUACCGGAAUACUAAAAGCCAUUGUGAAGGGAACUGCACCUUACAGUUGUUCCUGGGAGGUGACGCUGCCAGAGGGAACACUUCCUGUAUUCCAUUGGCUUCACUUUUCUAUGUUGUGUUCAUCAUGCAACUGUGGUUCUGUGACUUUUUGGCAAGAGGCUUUUUCUUUGUGGGAAGGCGUCCCUUUGCAGGAAGAGGAUGCCCGUCCGUUGUCAGAGUAUGUCCCGGUUGCUGGGCCUUUCUGUGGAAUGACUACGUCUACACCGCCUGUAAGCAGGAUGGCAGUCACCAGCAACAAGUUUCGAAUCUCGUUCCAAACCAAGAAGCUUUUGUUUUAUUCAGAAGGCGGAGGAUUUUCCCUCUCCUAUUACGCUGUGCCCAAUGCUUAACAUGUCGUCCCGAUCCUCGCCCAACACUGCUCUCUCAGUGCCAGUAGUCAUUGGACGAUGAGGCAUGGUUCGCCAUCCACCACAUGACGAGGGACCCGCACCACCACCACCACAACCACCACCUGCAAGACCCUGCCCAGCAGUUAUUAAACCCCAAAGCAACAACACAUAUUAAAGAAAAUAAAGUAAUUCUGCAAAUUUCGGAGAGCUUCAUGUUAUCUUCCUGUUUUUCCACCUCUGAAAAAGACUGCUAUCCACAACUGUACCUCUUCCAUCUCCGUCAGCAGCCCAGCCCUGCCCUCACAGCCUCCGCCGCCCUCUCACUCCAUCACCCUGGCGACGUUAAAAGAUUCUCUUGGUUUGGUGAAUUUCUCAUCCAGCCCCGUAUGAUGGAACAACGAUUACCGAGUCUAUGAUUAGCGUGAAUGUGUGUUGAACCCUCACCUGAAGUUAGCGAGGGUAGGACUGCCAAAAGAGCGUGGCAUUGCAGCACACUUUAUUUCUCCUUACACCUAUAUUCAUAUUACAUUCUAUGGUACGGCCUUAUACACAGAAGAUAAGCUACAAACAUCGAAGUUAGCACAUCAAAGUUAGUCACAAUUACUUUUGUUGAAAUCCAUAAAAUUAUCCUUGAAAAGCAAAUAGAAAACUAUGGGUUUUGAAUUUAAUUAGCAGACGAAUGAAAUAGAUCAUCAAGGUCGAGUGAACAGGAAGGUUUUAAAGACCCGUUUGGCGCAAGGAUGGGUGGAUAUAUAGUAGGUAGAUAUAUUUUCUAUAAGGACUGUCACACUCAUACCUGGUGGCCUCUUUUCUACUACAUCUGUGUCAGCCUGAACAUGAGCAGCGCCAUCCGCUGACACCAUGUUUGAAAAUUUAAGAUCCUAACACUAUCAAUGGUACGAGUCAAAAUGUCUGAACCUCCACCCGGCAUAGCGAUACAUUGGCUCUUGGCAACAUUGCUUCCUCCACCGUUUGCUUCUCAACGCUUUCUUUCUUCUUUUAUUCUCGUAUAUUCCGCUGCUUUCUUCGAGACAACUUUCUGAUGUUUCCAUGCGAACUUUCUCGCUUUCUCGUGUUUUU